UAGCCAAGAUUAUUGGUGGGUCCAAUAAUCUUUGUUGGGAUUAUUGGGGGCUCCAAUAAUUGGGAGUCCAACCAAUUUGGGAACCCAACAAGGUUGAGAACCCAACCCCCAACUUGGGUGUAUACACCCUAGUGGGGUGCUUAUAAGUACCUAAGACAAUGAAACGAUGUAGGCUAAUAGAAUGAAGGGAGAAUAUUCUAACACAACCCCUUAGCCUACAGAGUGCCAUAAGACUUGGGAAGGUGAGGAGAAGCAACCCCUGAAUCAGGUAGUCCCCUGUGAGGGAGGGGCAAGACCCAGAAGGCGAAGGAGAGCCGCAUGGGGACGACGAGGGAGGGCCUUGGUGAAGAUGUCUGCAAGGUUGGCUGAAGAGUCAAUCUAGCGCACGGUGAGGUGUCCAGCGUGGACGAGCUCACGAACGAAGUAGUGUCGGAGCUCGAUGUGUUUGGAGCGACCAUGGAAAACGGCUUCCUUUGUGAGGUGGAUAGUACUGGCAUUGUCGCACCAGAUGGUGGGACAGGGCUGGGGAGCAUCCAGCUCAGCGAGGAGGAAGCUGAGCCACCGCGCCUCCUGGGCUGCCAUGGUGACGGCGUAGAGCUCUGCUUCGCAGGAGGAGAGAGCGAUCGAGGAGGAGCGGGUGGAGCGCCAGGAAAUGAGGUCGCUCCCGAGGGAGAAACCAUACCCCUGUGAGCUGCGACGAUCGGGCUGAGAAUCCGCCCAAGAGAAGUCGCUAUAGCCAGUGAGCUGAGGAGGGGUGGGGCCACCCAAGGUGAGGACAUAGUCCUUGGUGCCUUUGAUGUAGCGGAGAACGCGCUUGGCCGCUUGCCAGUGCUCGGGAGUGUGUUUGCCAGCGCCGACAAAGCGCGCCAGGACACUGAUAGGGUAGGCGAGGUCGGGGCGAGUGCACAUCAUGGCGUACAUCAGGGACCCGACCAGCUCAGCGUAAGGACUGGUGGAGGAACCGUGGGUGGAUGUCGGCGAGAGCUGGUGGCCGACUUGGAGGGGUGUGGAGACGGGUUUGGCCGUGGCCAUCUCGAAGCGUUCAAGGACCUUCUCGAGGUAGAAUGCCUGAGAGAGGGAGAUGGUCCUGGCUGCACGAUCGCGAGAAAUCUCGAUCCCGAGGUAGUUGCGGACCUCCCCCAGGAUCAUGCCGCGCCGGCCGACGAAGUCCAAGAACACGCGGACGACAGGGGGAGUGGCGGUCGGCGAGUAGGUGUCAAGGAAGUCAUGGCCGUACCGCUGCGUGAAUCGUUUGGCGCAGUAGCGGGCCUUAUAGAUCGGGUCGUCGCCAGGGAGGAGCUUGACCCGAAAUACCCAUUUGCCCUUGACCACGUUGUGGUUGAGAGGGCGGGGUACGUCGAUGAAGGUGCCGUUGCGGACAAAUGCCUCAUUUUCUUUGAGGACUGCCUUGCCCCAAUGAGGGUGGUCGGGGCAUGUCAUAGCUUCGUGAUAAUCUCCCGGCUCGAAGAUGAUGGGCGCGCCGGAGAAGACAAGUACCGGGGCGCCGGUCAUGCUGAAGGCGACUGCUUGGGACAAGGGGAGAAGACACCUGGGGGGGUGGAGGAGGAGGUGGGGGAGAUGGGGGAGGAGGGGGGGAAGGAGGUGGAGGGGGAGGAGGUGGGGAGAAGGGGGAGGAUGGAGCGGAAGCGGAGUGAGAGGGAGAGGGGGGGAGUAGUGGGUCAAGGAUGUCACCUGAGGAAGAUGAGGAGGGAGAAGAUUCGGGAGGAGGAGGUGCUGGGGGUGGGGGAAUAAGAAGGAGAGGGGGGAGGAGGGGGG